GUUUUUGCGGUUUUGUGCGAGCCGCGCGAGGCGCUGGGGCAGUCCGUAGCCGCCUACGGUCUCGCCUCGACACGUCAGUCACCCGAGGCCCACGAUAUAGUUGUGAGAGAAGACGUGCAUGCGCAUCCACACGGCACGCACCUAUCUCAGCAUCCUAGCCUCGGCAGCGGCGAGCACCUGCAGCGCGGCCGAUAAAAUGAAGGCUGGAGUCGUCUUCCUGCACGGCCUAGGCGACACGCCGGCCGGGUGGUCGGACCUCAAGCACCAGUUGGCGCGCUUCGACGCGCGCCUGAAAAGCCCGGAGAUCGAAUGGACCUUUCCGGCCGCGCCGACGAUCCCUAUAACGAUCAACGGCGGCGCGACGAUGCCGGGCUGGUUCGAUCUCUUCGAUUGGCCCAUCGGCCCCGACGCGAAGGACGACCGCGCGCGCGUGCUGCAGGGCGUCGAAGCCGUGAAGACGCAGAUCGCGAAGCUCGAGGCCCGCGGCGUGGCGCCGGAUCGUAUCGUCGUCGGCGGCUUCUCGCAGGGCGGCGCGAUCGCGCUCAACGCCGCCUACCGCCACGACAAGAAGCUCGGCGCCUGCGUGGCGCUGUCGGGCUGGCUCACGCUCAAGGAGGACUUCUCCGGCGACCUCGGCGCGGCGAAGGGGACGCCCCUCUUCUGGGGCCACGGCGUGCACGACGACAAGGUCCUCUUCCCGCACCAGAAGAUCGGCGUGGACCUGCUCACGCAGCGCGGCGUCGCCGUCGACGCGUCGCAGUACGCGAUGGGCCACGGCGCGCACCCCGACGAGAUGGCGAAGCUGGCCAAGUUCGUCGGCGACGUCCUCUUCCCCGAGUCGUAAAAUAACCUGACAGAA